AUGAAUGAUUUCAUCAUUAAUCGAGGUGAAACUAUUCUUGAACAUUGCCAACAUACGUUAAAGAUGUAUGAAGAUUGGAAUGAUGAAAUAAAUAAAGCUCAUGAACAAAAUCGUCUUUUAUUUAUUCACCCUGUUACUAUUCAUGAACCAAAAGAGGUGCCAACAACUAGAAAAAGUAGAUAUUCGCAAAAGAGUAACGCAGAAACUACAAAGGCAAUAGAUCCUUUAGAGGUUACAUUAGAACAAGUGAAUUGUGAAUUUAAAUACAAUCAAAAUGCAGAACCGACAGCUGAAGAGGUUGAAUUUCGUCGAUCUCAUACGUUUAAGUUCUACAAAGAUCGUAGAAACAAUACUAAACCCGAUCCCAAGAUUGACGUUAAUAUUAUUCGUUAUCGAGGACCAGACGAAACAAGUGGAAGAAUGACUAGAAUACCAAAUACAAGUUCUGUAAUAGGCACACCACAAUCUUACAAAAACGGAGAUCUUCGAAGAAAGAUUCAAAUCCGGAAAAAGACACUUCAAAAUUCCCAAUCAUCAUUGAAAUAUAAAUAUGUUAAAGUUCCACAUGACAUCAGGGUAACAGGUUAUCAACCAGAUCCAAGAGAAAAGGCACCAGAUUUUCAUUUUUGUACACUCGAAUGCGAGGAAAUCGAACUUAAGAUCAAAAAGACUCAAAAAGAAAUCGAGAAUAAUCUCAAACGCGCCGAAAGAACCGUCAGGAAAAUUCAAGAUCAAUUUGAAACUGCAGAACCAAUGUAUUCCAAUAUUAGUUCUACCAGAUCUCCUCGUAGGUUUAGGAGUAAUUUUAGCCAUUGA